AUGCUUGCAUUGUUACUGUUUCACGUUGUCUCUGCUUAUUGUUUUGGGUGUCACUUUAGGAUUUCGCGGCAGCUGUGCAGGCUUCCAGACCCGACCUGGCGACCACUUGUCGUUCGCAAUUUGUCAAAUCCAUCAGUACUUGCAGUAGACGAGCAGCACAGAAGGCUAUUCGUUGCGGACCAGACGACCAACAAGAUCUGGUGGUAUCAGCUGCAGGUCGCAGAGCCCAGCAAGUUCCUGAUCACAGAUGGCGUCCAGCGACUGGCCGCCUCGAAUAUCUUGGCCAAGGGCCUUGCAGUGAGUCAGGCUGGCGAUCUUUUCAUAGCCGGACGAGUCCUUGCUGCCGGUGGCCGAAGUGCUAUCUAUAAACAGGAAGCUGCGGCCUUUGAGUCGGGGGAUUCGCUGUCCCCGAAACGACUCUGGACUGCAGGUGAUGGAAGUUGGCUCCCAACGAUGCUUGAGACCGGUCUGCCUUCUAUGUCAGAGCCAAUGAGCCCGUCCACGCCUGAACUUUUCCAGCCUGGCGCCGUGGCAGUGGACAUGUUCACAGUGUAUUGGGGCAAUCUGAUCAAAAGCAAUGUCAGUGCUGCCCUUGCUUCUGCACCUGCUACGGUUCCGAUGCCACGACCUGGUGGUGCCAUUCCCAAAGUUAAGGCUGGCGCUCAUGCUUUGGCCAACAGCUUUGAGUCCGUGACAGGUCUGGCCAUGACCUCUGCCGGCAUGUUCUUCGCUGGUCGGCCAAAAGAGGGGCUCCCAGGGGUUUUCGCUUUGCCAAACAGGGACGUCACUGCUGGCUGCAGCGAGGAUGACCACUGCGUCCGGCGUGUGGCGCAGGUUGGGAAUGCUUUAUCUUUGUGCUGGGAUGGGGACUCAACCCUGUUCAUUGCAGAUGGCGGCCGGGGAGCAGUUGUAGCUCUUCCCUCUGCCACUGCCUCCCAGCAUGAUGUGGAAAAAGUUGCAGAUGCUCGUGGCGUGCGUGGCCUUGCCAUGCUUUCCGUGCCAUAUUCAGGAACCCAGGCGGUGGCCCUUUCGAUGGUGGUGACUCUGAUGGUGUGCAUUGCAAACCUUCUCGGCUCUCGAAUGCUGCCAUCAAAGUUGUCCAGCGGGCUUGCGACCAUAAAGAGAGCAACCCCUGAUGAUCGACGUUCACUUGUGGCAGUCACUUAUGGCACCGGAUCGUUUACCGGGUUUCUGCCGCUUGGCGCGAUUGGCAUAUGCAUACUGGCGAUGGCCACUGCCGGUUGCAGUGCAACAGGGGAACUUUGGAGGUCUCCGGAACCCGGUGGUGCCGUGCUUGCUUUGGGCAAUGCAUGGAAUGCAGCUGCAGCAGCGACAGGAGAAUUGCUGGGGUGCAAAGUCUCCCACAUCAUCGCAGUUGGCUCCCACCGCAACUUCACUGCAAUCUCUGCCCUCCUGACCAAGCAUGGACAACACGAGAUUGAUCACAAGUUCUUUCGAAUGUCCGAUUGGCUAAGACCAGAUGAACAGCUGGAUUUGAGAGUUGAGUUGAGCGAAGCUCUGCAGGCCUUGCAAUCUGCAGUGCAGCCAAAGAGCACCGCUGAAAAUCGGCUGGUGCUGCUGCAUUGUGAUCAGGGGCAUAAUCGCUCUCCAACCCUGGCAUUGACUUUUUUCCUUCACAAUGGCCACACUCUCCGACAGGCCUACGGCAGACUCUUGGAAGUGAGGCCUGACGUGGAUCCGCUGCCGCCAUACCGCCGGGGUCUUUGCGCUCUGGAGGCGGAACUCUACGGUGAACCAUGCACAAUUUCGGAGGAAGACUACUUUGGCAAGCACAUCACAGAGCUGAUGAGUCUUCCAAACUUGGAUGAGCUGUCCUCUUCUUGUCACGAGUCGUUCCGCCCGAUGCCGGUGGACUUGGACGAGUCAGAAGAAGAUCCCGACUUCGAUGCUUCAGAGACCUUUGGACAAGCCAUCACUGUCCGGAGAUUUUCAAUUGCAACUUUGAUCGCUGAGCUCGCUGAUGCUGCAAAAAAAAAACGGUAG